GGAAGCUUCCCCACAAGUCGGCUCAGGGCAAAGAUUCCCCUAUGCGAAGACAUGUAUAUACCCGCAAGUAAGCAUGUCAAAGCUGUCUUUUCUUCUUUAUCUUCUUGCGAGGCAUUCUCUACCCGAGUCCAAUCACUUCUCGCCCUCCAAGCCUCGUUGACCUUCCCACAUCUUGUCAUUCCGACGACAAGCCCCAGCGAAUCCUUCUGCAUAUAACACAACAUGACUCCGUCGCUGCAAACGCCGCUGUCCCAGCUACUGGGCAUCAAGUACCCCAUUAUCCUUGCGGGUAUGGCGCGUACAUCCGGUGGCCCUCUUGCUGCGGCCGUCAGCAACGCCGGCGGUUUGGGUGUCAUUGGCGGUCUCGGCUACACGCCUAAGCAGCUGCAAGAGAUCAUCGACGAGCUCAAGGAAAACCUGACGGACAAGAGCCUCCCAUUCGGCGUCGACUUGGCCCUACCUCAAGUCGGCGGUGGUGCAAGAAAGACCAACCACGACUACACUCACGGCCAGUUGGACGAGCUGAUCGAGGUCACAAUCAAGAACGGCGCAAAGCUUUUUGUCAGCGCCGUCGGCGUUCCACCGAAGAGGACGAUCGACAGACUUCACGAGGCGGGUAUCCUAGUGAUGAAUAUGGUUGGCGCACCAAAGCACGCCGUCAAGGCUCUCGAGAGGGGCGUGGACAUUGUUUGCGCUCAGGGUGGUGAGGGAGGUGGCCACACCGGCGACAUUGCCAACAGCAUUCUCAUCCCUGCUGUUGUCGAUGUUGCUAAGCGCUACAAGAGCCCUCUCACCGGCAAACCUGCCAUGGUCGUCGCCGCCGGCGGCAUCUUCGAUGGACGCAGCUUGGCCAGCAGCUUGAUGCAAGGUGCUCAGGGCGUGUGGGUCGGAACUCGCUUCGUCGCUAGCGUGGAAGCGGGCUGCUCGAAGCUCCACAAGGAAGCUGUCGUCUCCGCUGACUUCACCGACACCGCCCGUACGCUUGUCGUGUCAGGGCGGCCUCUCCGUGUCAAGGUGAACGAUUACAUCAGAAGUUGGGAGAGCCGGCCGGAGGAGAUGCAGAAGCUGCUAGAUGCAGGUAUUGUUCCUAUUGCGAAGGACAUGGAGGAGGAGAAGGAGAUUGACAUGCCUUUCUUGAUGGGUCAGGUCUCUGGUGUUAUCAAGGACAUCAAGCCAGCUGGACAGAUCGUGAGGGAGAUGGUAACGGAAGCCGUGGAACAGCUAAAACUUGGCCAGACGUAUAUCAGCGCAGAGAGCAAGCUAUAGUGGAAAGUCUUUGUUUACUUGUAUACUCCUACCAUUGAGCGAAUUGAGCAUGUUUCUUGAGUUGAUCA